AUGUCGGACGGGAGACGCGCCGUCGAGUCGGACAAGGUCUGGACAACCCUCAUCACCAACCUCGACUAUCUCCCCGGCCUCCUCACCCUCAACCACUCCCUCGUCAAGUCCGGCUCGGCGUACCCCCUCGUCGCCCUCUACACAGACUCCUUCCCGCCCGAGGGCCUCGCCGCCCUCGAGCGCCGCCGCAUCCCCGCCCAGCGCAUCGAGUACCUCCUCCCCACAAAGGGCCGCGACUACUCCAAUGACCCGCGCUUCUACGACUGCUGGAGCAAGCUCUCCCCCUUCUCCCUGACCCAGUACUCCCGCGUCGUCCAGCUCGACUCCGACAUGCUCGUCCUCCGCAACAUGGACGAGCUGAUGGAACUCGACCUCGACGACGGCGACUUCGCCGCCCAGCAGACCCCCGGUGCCGCCAUUGGCGGGUCCCCCAGGAACCCUUCCUCCCCGGGUUCCCCGUCCCUCGAGGACCUCGCCGUCAAGAACCCGAGCACCCGCGUCUUCGCCGCCGGCCACGCCUGCGUCUGCAACCCGCUCAAGAAGCCCCAUUACCCGGCCGACUGGACCCCGGCCAACUGCGCCUUCACUACCCAGCACGCUGACCCGGACGCCGCCCAGCGCACCUCGCCCGACCCCGUCACCCAGUCGCCCCUGGGCUUCAUGAACGGCGGCCUGCAGGUCGUGAACCCCUCCAAGAAGCUGUUCGAGCAGAUCGUCCGGCACAUGGAGCUGGGCGCCAUGGACAUGGACUUCGCCGACCAGAGCCUGCUGUCCGACCUGUACCGCGGCCGCUGGGUCGCCCUGCCCUACGUCUACAACGCGCUCAAGACGAUGCGCUGGGACGGCGUCCACGCCGACAUCUGGCGCGACGCCGAGGUGAAGAACGUGCACUACAUCCUGGCCCCCAAGCCCUGGGACGAGAUCGACGCCGACACGGGCGAGUGGACCGGCACCGAGGAGUCGCACCGCUGGUGGGUCGACUUCAACAGGGAGAGGAAGGCGGGCGAGAAGGCGAGGGGGGUCGACGACCGGUUUUGA